AUGGAAACAUCAAAUUCUGUAAAUGUUUCUGCUGCAGCAUCCAGUUUAUUAACCUAUCCUGUCAACAUGUUUAAAGAUUUGAGAAGGCGAUUGGGACGCGGAGGAGCCCCUGAUUUUCACCAUGAACAAGAGGCUUCUCCUUCCAACGUGAGUGCAACACCAACCAAUGAAGAAGCUGCUUCACGAAUGAAUCGACAAAUUAAUUUCCAACAACAACACUCUAAUAAUAAUCGCAACAAUAAGAAUCAACAACUAUCACAAUCCAAUGACGAAAAUGAUAGUGAAAUUUCGAGUCAACAUUUCCAAAAACGUCACAGCAGACAUCAUGCAAGCAUUUCAUCAUUACAUUCAUCGGAACGAGAAGACGACAGUGCAUCCACGACCGAUGGUACCAUGUCUGAUCGAAUGGGACUGAGCGAGCUCGAAACAGAAAACUUUGAUCCUCAAGAUGAUAAUCAUUCUCAGUCAUUGAUAUGUGAAGAUCAAGAUGAAGCAUUCAUGGAAGACCAAUUUUUCAUGAGCUCUCCUUCACAACAGCAACAACAAAGAUAUCAACCACGGGAAUGCAUGAACAGUGUAGAGUCAGAUGAAGAUGAUGACGACGAUGAUGGAACCAUACUUUUCACCAACAAUCAGAAUUGUUAUCAAGAUGAUGACAUUCCAACCCCGUUGAAUCUGUCUCCCAUUAAGCCAUGUGAUUCAUCUUCAAAACAAGAAAAGAAACAUCCAAUGGCUUCUCCUCUCCUGCAGCAACAACAAAGAAGGUCAAGUGUAUCAUCGUCAACCUUCUCUUCCUUUGUGACCAACAAGAGAAAACCAAUGGCUGCCACUCCUGGAGGCAGACUCUCCUCAAAAACCUCUUCCACUUCUCACCUCAAUAACCUUUCCAUCACUAACACGGCCAAUACCACCACGAAUUCACCACACAUUCCCACGGCAACAGUGGAUCAACAUUCUCCUCGACCUCAUCAAUACAGUUUCCUCUAUCAUCAUGGAGAUCACAUGCAACGAUUCCGACAUACCCGAUAUCAAACUGGACAGUUACCGGAAAGUGGUCCCUAUCGGUUUGAUGAUUCACGAGAAAUACGAAACAAACUCUCUCUCACAAACACUUCCGAUAUUCAAAAUGUAGGCCAAUAUGAAUUUAACGCAGUGAGGCUCACGACUUGUGAUUGGUUCAUUAAUGGCUGGCAAAAAACAUCCACGCAUAUGAUCCGAGUUCAAAUUGAUAUCUAUAAGAAGAGAAUUACAUUUUGCUAUUUGAAUAUGGAUGAACAAACCGUUCAGGAGAAGCUUGUGAUUGCAUUUGAUGAUAUUACCGGAUUAGAAUUUCAACAUUCUCCCUUAUCGGACGAUAUUGUAGUGAUUGAGGUGAAUCAAAUUCCAUCGGAUGCUCCAGCCUCGAUGAGAUCCAACUUUUUCUUCCUCUAUCUCACCAAGGAAGAUAGUGCCAAAUACAUGGACGGAGCAUUACUCUCUUCAGACAAACGUUUAUUGAAAUUGGCCAUUGUUGGUCUUCCUACAUGGGCCACCAUUGUCAAUCGGUAUAGCAUUCCUAUUUUUUAUAAUCAUCGCAUUCGAGGAGUGAUUACCACUCUUGUAAAUAUUUAUAUUAUUAUUAGUUUGAUUUGGGGCUUUUAUGACUUGUACAAGAAUUUACCAAUUGUUGGAGGAGCAUUGAGAGCCAUCUUUGGACCUGUGGCCUCGUUUUUGGAACCCAUCAUUAAGAAUAAGAUCAUGUUAUUGAUACCUCUUGUAUUUUCAAAGGUUUGGGAAGCGGCACAAAUAUUCUUCUCUCUAUUUGCUCCAUUACUUUCAGUGUUCACACCGUUAUGGAAGCUCAUUGUAACAUUAUCAAAUGCCAUUACGAAUGUAUUCAAACCACUAGCGGAUGGUUUUGUGAUACUCGUCAAUGGCCUUAUUUAUCCUUUCAUUCAAUUGUAUCAUCAUGUAUUAUAUCCACUAUUUAAUGGACUUUAUUUAUUAUUUGCUGGAAUUUCACGAUUUUUAUCAUUGAUAGGAACGGGCAUUUAUACGGCAUUUAAAAUACCUGUACAGUUUGUUGGAGUGGUAUCUGCAGAGAUUGUUGACAUGUUUGUCGACUUGUUUUAUGCCUUGUCAACUGCUUUGAGUUACCCAGUGACAUUUUUCAAGUUGCUAUUUAGCCUGAUUGCUGGAAUUAUUGCUUUUAUUUAUUCUGCUAUUGUGUAUCCAUUCACGAAAUUGGGCACUCUUUUCAAGUUCAAGAAGGAUAUUGAGCAUGCCACUAAGGUGGUCAGUAAUGUGGCCGCUGCCUCUAGUCAAGCUGCCUCUACGACCUCUUCUCUCAAGGACUAUUUGAUGAGCAUGAAAGAAAAUUUCCAACCCCUCUCAAGUUUAUGGAAUGGCAUUCGACGAAUUAUUGAUAGUAUCAUUCAUACGUAUCACACCAAGAUCAAACAUAGAUCUGUUUGGAAGAGGCGUAUUUUGAUUACUAUCAUUUGUUUAAUUGUUUUUGCUGGUCUUGUCAUUGUUUUUGCUCUUCUCACAUAG